CUGGGGCGCCCUGCUCUCUCCGCGGCCCGCGGAGCCUUCUGGGAAAACGGGCCGAGGCCACCGAAGGCUGUCACACAGAGAUGAACACAGGAUGAAGAUGGCCGGGGCAGUGCAGUGUCACAUGUGAAGUCCAGCUCUUGGGCCUGUUGGACGGGUUUUAAUCCCAAUGCUGGUAUCCCUCAGUAGUGUGGUCUCAGGUAAGCCACAGACAAAUUAUGCGGCCUUUGAAAAGCAGAGAUGAAUAGGAAGAUCUUGAUUCUGAGGCUAAGAAGAGUCACUGGAAGAUUUUUGUGAAUCAAGUCACAAGUCUUAGAGCACCAGCUGGUGAGCAAUGCACGGAGCAGACUUGUAACCAACUUACGUCAUCUUCAACAUGAAGAUAGCCACAGUGCCAAUGCUUCUGACCCUGGCUCUUUGCCUUAUACAAGAUGCUGUCAGUGAGGAUGAAAAUCAGGAAACAUGCAAUGAAUAUCGGCCAUUGAUGAAAAAUGGAAAAUUAUUUUGUUCCCAAGAUAAAAAACUUUUUCAAAGCCCAGAUGGCAUGGCAUUCAUCAGCAGAUGUGCCAUGUGCAAAAUGAUACUGGAAAAAGAAGCAAAAUCCCAGAAAAGGGCUAGGCAUUUAACAAGAGCCACUCAGGCCACUGCCCCAGAAACGUUGAAUUGCGAUGAUUUCAUGAAAGAAGAAAAAAGUGGGGAUUUUAUCUGUACUCGGGAAUAUGUAGCUGUUUGUGGCACUGAUGGGAAAACAUACAGCAACAAAUGUAUGCUGUGUGCUGAGAACGCCAAAAGCAGGUCCCAAGUUGGCAUAAAAAGCAAAGGGGAAUGUGAGACCAGUAAUCCAGAGCAGGAUGUAUGUAGUGCUUUUCGGCCUUAUGUGAAGGAUGGGCGACUUGGAUGCACAAGGGAGAAUGAUCCAGUCCUUGGCCCUGAUGGAAAAACACAUGGAAAUAAGUGUGCGAUGUGUGCUGAGCUUUUCUUAAAAGAAGCUCAAGCAAAUGCCAAGAAAGAAGGUGAAACCAGAAUUCGACGAAGUGCUGAAAAGGAUUUUUGCAAGGAAUUUGAAACCCAAGUGAGGAAUGGACGACUUUAUUGUACACGGGAGAGUGACCCAGUUCGUGGCCCUGAUGGCAGGAUGCAUGGCAAUAAAUGUGCCCUGUGUGCUGAAAUGUUCAAACAGCGUUUUUCAGAUGAAAAAAAUAAAGCACAUGAAAACUUGAGGAAGGCUAAAGAAAAAGUUAAAGUUAAAAGAGAAAUUGAGAAACUCUGCAGUGAAUAUCAGCACCAGGCAAGGAAUGGAAUACUUUUCUGUACCAGAGAAAAUGACCCUGUUCGUGGCCCAGAUGGGAAAAUGCAUGGAAACCUGUGCUCCAUGUGCCAAGCCUUCUACCAAGCAGAAGCUAAAGAAAAUGAAAAGGCUAAAGAAGAAGCAAGAAGGAGAAGAGAAUCUGGGAAAGCACCCUCAUAUGCAGAGCUGUGCAGUGAAUACCGCAAGCUUGUGAGGAACGGACGACUCCCCUGCACCAGAGAGAAUGACCCCAUCCAGGGCCCAGAUGGGAAAAUGCAUGGCAACACCUGCUCCAUGUGUGAGGUGUUCUUUCGAGCAGAAGAAGAAGAAAAGAAAAAGAAGGAAAGUGAGUCAAGAAAUAAGAGACAAUCUGAGAACACAACUUCCUUUGAGGAAUUGUGCAGAGAAUACCGCAAAUUAAGGAAGAAUGGACAGCUUCUCUGCACCAGAGAGAAUGACCCCAUCAAGGGCCCAGAUGGGAAAGUUCAUGGCAACACCUGCUCCAUGUGUGAGGCCUUCUUUCAGCAAGAAGAAAGAGCAAGAGCAAAGGCUAAAAGAGAAGCUACAAAGGAGCUCUGCAGUGAAUUUCAGAACCAAGUGAGGAAUGGAAUGCUCAUAUGCACCAAGGAGAAUGACCCUGUCCGUGGCCCAGAUGGCAAAAUGCAUGGAAACAAGUGUGCCAUGUGUGCAAGUCUGUUCAAACUUGAAGAAGAAGAGAAGAAAAAUAAUGAUAAGGAAGGAAAGGAGAAAGUAGGGGCUGGCAAAGUGAAGAGAGAAGCAGUCCAGGAACUGUGCAGUGAAUACCGUAACUAUGUGAGAAAUGGACGGCUUCCCUGCACCAGAGAGAACGACCCCAUCGAGGGCCCAGAUGGGAAAAUGCAUGGCAAUACGUGCUCCAUGUGUGAGGCCUUUUUCCAGCAAGAAGCAAAAGAAAAAGAAGAAGCUGAAUCCAGAGCAAAAGCUAAGAGAGAAGCUGAAAAGGAUACAUGCAGUGAAUUUCGGAGCCUUUUACAAAAUGGAAAUCUUUUCUGCACACGAGAAAAUGAUCCUGUGCGCGGCCCAGAUGGCAAGACCCAUGGCAACAAGUGUGCCAUGUGUAAAGCUGUCUUCCAGAAAGAAGAUGAGGAAAGAAAGAAAAAAGAGGAAGAUCAGAGAAAUGCUGCCAGGCAUAGCUCCCACGGUGGUGGUGGCGGAGGGGGGAAGGCAAAGGACCAAUGUGCAGAGUAUCGGGAAAAGAUGCAAAAUGGAAAACUUGCCUGUACUCGGGAGCGUGAUCCUGUACGCGACGCUGAUGGCAAGUCAUACAACAAUAAGUGUACCAUGUGUAAGGAGAUACUGGAAAGAGAAGCAGAGGAAAAUAAUAAGCAGUCUGGCUACAGAUCAAAUGAGACCGAAUCAGCAUCAGAAAAAGAUACGUGUGAUGAGUUUAGAAGCCAAAUGAAAAAUGGACAACUUAUCUGCACCCGAGAAAGUGACCCUGUUCGGGGUCCAGAUGGCAAGACACACGGCAAUAAAUGUGCCAUGUGUAAGGACAAACUGGAAAGGGAAGCAGCUGAAAAGAAAAAGAAAGAGGAGGACUACAUGAGAAACACAGGGGAAAAGAGCAGUGAACACCAGGAUCAGUGCCAUGAAUUCCGGAGCAUGGUGAGAGAGGGAAAGCUCAUCUGCACAAGAGAAAAUAACCCUGUUCGAGGCCCUGAUGGCAAGAUGCACGUCAACAAGUGUGCUAUGUGUCAGAGCAUCUUUGAGCGAGAAGCUAAUGAAAGAAAAAAGAACGAUGAAGAAAAAUCAAACACCAAGCCCUCAAAUUAUGCAAAGGACGAGUGUGGUAACUUUCGGGAGUACAUGAGGAAUGGUGAGCUCAUGUGCACGCGAGAGAAUGACCCCGUGCAUGGUGCUGAUGGGAAGUUAUACAAAAACAAGUGUUACAUGUGCAGAACGAUCAUUCAAAAAGAAGCUUUGGAAAGGGCAAGAGUUGGAGAAAAGCCAUCCCACAUUAGAUCUUCUGCAGAGGAAAACAGCCCAGCCUCCUCUAGUUCUUUUCUGGAUUCUGAGAUGUGCAAACACUACCGAGUAUUGCCCAAGAUGGGUUACCUUUGCCCAAAGAAUUUACAGCCUGUCUGUGGUGAUGAUGGCCGGACAUACAACAAUCCGUGCAUGCUCUGUCAUGAAAACCUAAUACGCCAGACUAACACACACAUACGCAGUGAAGGGAAGUGUGAAGAGAACAGCACCCCAGGAGCAACACCUCUCUAUGUGCCAGCAUCUGACAAAUGAUGGAAGAAUUGGUGAAAGCCAUGAGGGAAAAUAGAUGCCCUAAUUCUGAAUCGCCUUACUCUCAUCAUCUGUAUAUACAAAGAAUUCUUCAGAGCUUGUAUUAUUUACUAUAGAAAACAAUACAGUGCUGUUGGGGGAAUGGACUCACUGACUUUUCAGUCUUUCCCAUCUCUUUCCUCCUAGAAUCUGUGAUCCAAGAGCAUAGAGACAUCUCCAUCUGUCUGUGCCUGAAAAUCUCCUGAUCACAAUGCUGUCUGUUCAACUACUUGUUCAAUAAAACUAAACCCAGCAGAACACCA